CAGACGGUGCGCAUCAAACGAGACCAUGAUGGACCAAAAUUUAAGAACUUUCUUGGUAGACACUGCACUCUGUAAAUUUGCAUACGGCGGAAGAAGCUGAAGCUACCUUUGUCCUAAGCAUCGUUCCAUCGGAAGAACCCUACUAGUCGAUUCGCAUUUCGAAUAUGUCUCCGUCGUUCGAUCUUCCUCCUAAGGGUGGGUUCAGUUUUGAUCUAUGCCGAAGAAACGCAAUGCUUGAAAGCAAGGGUCUCAAGGCCCCAACCUUCUUGAAAACUGGAACAACUAUCGUCGGUUUAGUUUUCCAGGAUGGUGUCAUUCUUGGAGCUGAUACUAGGGCAACUGAAGGACCUAUAGUGGCUGAUAAAAACUGUGAGAAAAUUCAUUAUAUGGCACCCAACAUAUAUUGCUGUGGAGCUGGCACUGCUGCUGAUACCGAGGCUGUAACAGACAUGGUUAGCUCACAGCUGCAACUACAUCGCUACCAUACUGGUCGAGAAUCAAGAGUUGUUACAGCACUGACCCUUCUCAAGAAACACCUUUUCAAUUAUCAAGGUCAUGUCUCUGCUGCUUUAGUGCUUGGUGGGGUCGAUGUCACUGGACCUCAUUUGCAUACUAUUUAUCCUCACGGGUCCACUGACACCCUCCCGUUUGCUACAAUGGGAUCAGGUUCCCUUGCUGCAAUGUCUGUUUUUGAGUCCAAGUACAAGGAAGGUUUGGGUAGGGAUGAAGGAGUACAGCUUGUUGUUGAAGCGAUAAGUGCUGGUAUAUUCAAUGACUUGGGAAGUGGAAGCAAUGUUGAUGUUUGUGUGAUAACCAAGGGACAUAAGGAUUACCUCAGGAACCACCUUCUACCAAAUCCUCGUACCUAUGUGAAUCCAAAAGGUUUUACUUUCCCCAAAAAGACAGAGGUUCUCUUAACAAAGAUUAUCCCAUUGAAAGAGGUGGAAGUGAUUGAAGGAGAUGCUAUGGAAGAGUAACUCAUUCCAAAAAAAGAGUUAUUGGUGUUUGAGUUUGAAACUUGAUUAGUGCAAUGGCUAUGAAAUUUAAUUAUUGUACUGUCAGAACUUUGGUUUUUAUUACCAAAAAUUAUUUGAAUUUAAUUAGACUGGUGCAAGUUUUUUCCUCAAA